GGUAUUUUACGCUCCGUCCAGAUAUUUCCUACGUCCAUGAGUAGAACAGAUGUUUCUGAGCCAUGUGGCAAGUUGGAGCUUGUCAUGAUGACACAACUAAGACAUCAAUGUGGUCUGGAGCAAUUCCUUGCUGACACCUGGCACGAUAUCGCUGGUUUCGUAAACGAAUCCGCGGUCUAUAUAGACCACGCAGCAACGGAAUGUCUUCAUUGGUAUACCAGCGGCAAUGUAUACUCCUUCUUCAAAGCUGCUGGUGCGGUGUCUGUACACGAACUGUCCAUGUACAACUUUCGCUACGUCAAGGUGCAGAACUGCAAGAAGGUAGUUGUCAUUUCUACCUCUACCGAUCCAGCUUUUUAUCAACGUACAAUUAAGAUGAUAAUGGAGAAAAAUGCAUUUGAGCACUGUGCGAUUAUUACUGCUGCGCACUCAAGCGUGUUGAAUUACGAUGAUGCUGUGCCGCUGGAGGACAGAGUGGAUUACGCCAAAUUAAAGAGAGACGUGAAAAGCUGGAUGCACGCCAGUCGGCAGUCGCAGGACUGCUCAGUGACGAUAUUAUUUCGACCAGUUUUCAUUAGUCUAAUUGACAACGGUCUGUUUGUAACACCACCCUUCAGUGAUCUAUCAUCGCCAUUAAAUAGUGAGUCGAUAAAAGAUUCCGAGUGCGCAGUUGAACACUUUGUAAAUCUGUUUAACAGUUUAUUGACAUACUUGAAUCUGAGAGAAGACAUUUACUCAAUGGGGAAGUUUAGCGAGUAUGUUGCCGAAAAAUUGGAAACGUUACCAACGGCUGUCGAUCGUAGAAACAAUUUAGUUGGCGGAAAGGGAGUGUCUGUAAUCUUUGUCGACAGAACGUUAGACCUUUGUACUUCCACUAGUAAUAAUACUGAAUCCUUGCUAGCUAGAAUAUUGUGCACUUUACCUCACUUGCCUCAUCACUGCAACGACGUAGCAAUAAAUAUGUAUCCUCUGUUUUGCGGUUUACAGAAGUUCGUCGACAUACCAGGAUGCUUGGCAAGCAGCGACAAAACGCUAAUGAAUAUAUUAAUCACGAAGACACAAAAGGAAGUAUUGGCUACUAUGAAUACGAUGCUCACCGAUAUACUUUCAACAAAAGAAAAUUUUAAAUUAAGAGAAAAACUGAAGCCAAAACUAGCAACAAGGAUUUCCGCGCAUAGUUUAAAGAAACUUGUGAAUAAGUUCAAAGAUGUAGAUCUUCACGCUAUAUCGGAAUCGAGCAAAAGGCUUCAAGUAGUACUGGGAAUUAUACAAGCCUUAACGUCGGAAGAAACUUCUCGAUUAGAACUAUUGAUUAGUUUCGAGAAACUAGUUUUACAAAACAUAGCUGUGAGUCGCGACUCCACGAGCGUGCUUGGACAAUUAAGUAGUAUAAUAAAAACUCGCGAGAAACACGGACUACAUACAGACAGUAUAUUGGCGUUUUUGAUGCACAUUUAUGCACUAGCUGGAACUGAGAUACAGUUCGCUUUUCAACAAGAGCAGCAGCUGGAAGAAGCCAUCGCUGAUGCUAUAUUUGAGGACAUUGCAAAAUUUAAGGGGAAUACAGUGACGACAUCGAUGUACCAACAAUCUUUGUCGCUUCUCGGUGUUACAGAUUCUGAGACUGUAAAGGAAACCUCUGCAAAAUUAGCGAAACACAUUAUGAACAUCUUACAUGAAAUAGCACAGCAACGCGCGUCUCUACAUAAUUAUACUUCCUUGAUGACCAAAUCGAGUUCUCAAGAGAUGGUUCGACGUGUCGGCAUUUUGCAACAAUUAUUAACGGAUAUGCUUCACCCAGAUAGAUUUGAACUUCCCGAUUUAUAUCAGAGAUCACCUUCCUUUAUCUCUGCUGGAUUCAACUUAUUUUCUAAAGGAAGACUCAAACACCAUCCAUGUGACAACAAUUGGAUUAUCGUUUACGUCAUUGGAGGUGUAACGCCAGAAGAGAUAAGAGAGACCAAAGCGAUUAUGUCGUUGUUCAAUUCCAAUUGCCAAAUAACAAUAGCGGGCUCGAGACUGUUGAAUCCAAUAGACAUAGUGAACAAGGUUCUGCUCUCGUCGAUUGAUUACUGAAACGUUUCGCUUCCAAUUGCGCAUCGUUACAGAAUCCAUUUUACGCCCGAGUCAGAUAUUGUGUAACAAAUCCGUCUCGCAUUAUCAACGGACUGUAUGCGGCACAUAAACUCGCGAGCUGCGAUACUUUUGCUAA